UUCGUUUCGAUCAACAUCAAAUCAACAUUAUUUAAAUUAAAAUAACAAGUGAAUUGUGAUGAAUUUACUUAUUUUUACCAGUCUAACUGAUGUUUAAGAUUGUAACUAGUAAAAAUAUGGAUUUGUCAAGUAGUAUAAGUGAACAAUUACGCAAAUUAUGCGUGGUAUUAUCGUCAGAUCCAGAUGCCGCUCAUGAGUUAGCAGUGUCAUACCUAACACCUACUGGUAAGAAGAUUCGGUCGAUUCGAGAUGAGAGGCAGUUGUGUUCCAAGAUACAUACUCAUCUUUUCUCAGCAUCGGCCAAAGAUGCAGAAAAAUUUGAUGAAUGUUAUUCUAAAUUGAAGCAAUGCAUGGUGUUCAAACAACGGGCUGCAGUACUAACUUUACUUCUGACAUUGUCAGAGUCAAAACAAGAAAAAGAAUCCACCCAUCAACUUUUUCCAAUUCCAAAUUUGCCUUCAUUACAAUCUGGUAAUGGCAUACCAGUAUCUAGUACUAGCAGCAAAGUAACUGUUGCAUCAAGUUGGGACAACAAUCUAGCAAAACUGGGCUCCAAUCAGAGUCUUCCAUCGAACCAAAGCAUCAUGGCAUUAGCUCUCCCAACAACAGAUAGUGCAUCCAGUGAUCGUAGUUGCAUCCGAGAUGUGGUUCUAGCAGCCACUGGGAUCAAACCCCGUGAUGCCUGCAAUAGGCCCCGACCUAUGCAGAUGCUGUAUGCGCGCGUAGCGCAUCUAGGCUUCCUCCAUGACAGGCUCAAAGAGUUCAUUGACCCCAACUCUGGCUUAAUGCCUCAAGGUCUUAUGGGUGAAGGUUUAGUGUCGUCAAUAAGGGAUGAGCUUACAGAGUACUAUCGAAGUGUUGCCCUUCUUCAGUCACAGGCAUGUGAAGGAGACGGCGGGGGAGCGACUCUGCGGAGGAUUGCAGUGUGGGCCCAAGAGCCUCUACAUCGACUGACGUGGCUCGCCAACAUUGCCCAUACUGCUUAUCACAAAAAAGGUGGUGAACUGGCCUCCUGCGUACACCGCUUCGUGAGGCACGGAGACGAAAGAGUAGUGGUCCUGGCGCGGCGACUGUUGACUGCGCUUACUUAUCCUAUGCUGCUGAUGCUCACUAGAUGGCUAUUACAUGGCGAAAUUGACGAUCCCUUCAAUGAAUUCUUCAUCGAGAGCAGAAGUGGCGUAGAGAUAGAAAGAAUGUGGCAUGACAAAUACAGAGUCAGGGAAUGGAUGAUGCCAUCGUUUCUAUCGAAGGAGCAGGCGGCGCAGAUCCUAGCCACGGGCAAAAGCGUGGUGUUCAUGCGCGAGGCGUGCCCCAAGGGCUCCACGGACCCCAGCGACCAUGCCGAGUGCUUGGAGGCCUUGUUGAAACAUACCACGGAAUCCGAUUCCACGGUACCGUGGUGGGAAGCGGAAGGCUUCCGGUCGUCGGUGGCGGACGCGCACUCGGCGGUGUCGCUGCGGCUGCUGGACGCGCUCACCACGCACCACCACAUCGUCGACCACCUGGUGGCGCACCGCCGCUACCUGCUGUUCUCGCAGGGCGACUUCGUGCACCAUCUCAUGACGCUGUUGAAGGACGAAUUGAGCAAGCCUGCGACGUCUCUUUUCGUGCACAACCUCACUUGCACGCUGGAAGCCGCUGUGCGCGCCACUUCUGCGCAGUACGAACCCCCGCAUGUGUUGGAGAGUUUACAGGUCAACUUGUAUCACAAUGGCGACGGGCGCGACGAGUGCGGCUGGGACGUGUUCGCGCUGCAGUACCACGUGUCGGGCCCGCUCGGCACGCUGUUCCCGCCGUCGUGCGCGGCGCGGUACCGCGCGCUCUUCAGCCAGCUGUGGCGCGUCAAGCGCAUAGAGCAGAGCCUCUACGACGCGUGGCUCGAUCACGCCAUACUGCAGAAGAAAUUGAAGCAUAUGCCUGAGGUGUGGGGCCUGAUGCGGCGCGUGUCGUGCCUGCGCGCCGAGGCGCUCCGGCUGUGCGGCGCGCUGCAGGAGGCCAGCGGCGUGGCCGUGGAGCCGGCGUGGGAGGCGCUGCUCAGCGCCGCCGCCGCCCGCCAGCCGCUCGACGCGCUGCUCGCGCUGCACCGCGCCGCGCUCGAGCGCCACGCCGUGCACGCCAUGAUACACCACACCACGCAGGAGCUCCAGUCCUACCUAGGAAACGUGCUAACAGAAACUCUAGCGUUACGGAGGUUCGAAGCGAAACUAAAUGCUGGAAUCAAUGCGGAACUCGACCGGAGGGAGCGAAUCGAGCAAGUGAAAGCCGAAAGGGUAGUCAGAGGUGAAUUCGCUAUCACGGCUGCAGAAGAAGCUAAGGAUAAAGAAGAGAGAAAAGUGUUCCACCAGUUCUUGACAAGUCGGAAAGCUGAUCUAAACGUCUGGGCUCGCACAUAUAGGGUGCACGUGACAUCGUUGAUACUGAAGCUGGCCCUCCACGGCGAGGUUUCGCUACAGACACUCGCCUUCCGGCUCGACUACAGCGACUUCUACAAGCGCGGCGACGCCAAGCUACACCACCCGCUCACCUACCAGCACAAGCGGCUCAGCGAGAUCGGGAUCAGCUUGGCUAAGAGUAAAGUGAAAGAUCGCUCAAAGAAGAAGUGACGUUUCGUAAUCACGAAA